AGUUAAUCUUGUCUCUGGGGAGUAAGGGACAAACAGUGCUGCCACAGAGGGAGCAAGCAAGAGUUUGGGGAACAAAAGGAGAGUUCUGCAGGGAGGGAGGGAUCGGAGAAGCUGCACGUGCCUGGCCAGAGUACAGAGGAAGGGCAGAGACCAGCAGAGUUCUGAGGCAGCCACCUCCGAGGCCCAGAAGGAGAAGCCGCAGAGCUAUUUCAAGAGCGAGCAGCAGAAGGGAACGUAAGAGCCUGCGGCCAGUCGGAGUCAGCGAGGAAGGGUCCAGAGGCAGUGAGAGGGGCCAGGACCGGGACCGAGGCCAGGGCAGGCACGAUCGCUGAGGGAUGAACUUCACAGUGGGUUUCAAGCCGCUGCUGGGGGAUGCACACAGCAUGGACAACCUGGAGAAGCAGCUCAUCUGCCCCAUCUGCCUGGAGAUGUUCUCCAAGCCGGUGGUGAUCCUGCCCUGCCAACACAACCUGUGCCGCAAGUGUGCCAACGAUGUCUUCCAGGCCUCGAACCCUCUAUGGCAAUCCCGGGGCUCCACCACCGUGUCUUCAGGAGGCCGUUUCCGCUGCCCGUCCUGCAGGCAUGAAGUUGUCCUAGACCGACAUGGUGUGUACGGCCUGCAGCGAAACCUGCUGGUGGAGAACAUCAUCGACAUAUACAAGCAGGAGUCAUCCCGCCCACUGCACUCCAAGGCUGAGCAGCACCUCAUGUGCGAGGAGCAUGAAGAUGAGAAGAUCAAUAUCUACUGCCUCAGCUGCGAAGUGCCCACCUGCUCUCUCUGCAAGGUCUUCGGUGCCCACAAGGAUUGCGAGGUGGCCCCCCUGCCCACCAUUUACAAACGCCAGAAGAGUGAACUCAGUGAUGGCAUCGCAAUGCUGGUGGCAGGCAAUGACCGUGUGCAAGCUGUGAUCACGCAGAUGGAAGAAGUGUGCCAGACCAUUGAGGACAACAGUCGAAGGCAGAAGCAAUUGUUGAACCAAAAGUUUGAGACCCUGUGCGCAGUGCUGGAGGAGCGCAAGGGCGAGCUGCUGCAAGCCCUGGCCCGGGAGCAGGAGGAGAAGCUGCAGCGAGUACGAGGCCUCAUCCGUCAGUACGGAGACCACCUGGAGGCCUCCUCCAAGCUGGUGGAGUCCGCCAUCCAGUCCAUGGAGGAGCCGCAGAUGGCGCUCUACCUCCAGCAGGCCAAGGAGCUGAUCAAUAAGGUCGGGACGAUGUCGAAGGUGGAGCUGGCGGGACGGCCCGAGCCUGGCUACGAGAGUAUGGAGCAGUUCACCGUGAGCGUGGAGCACGUGGCGGAAAUGCUGAGGACCAUCGACUUCCAGCCAGGCGCCUCCGGGGAGGAAGACGAUGAGGAGUUGGCGCUGGACGGGGAAGACGGCAGCGCGGGGCCGGAGGAAGAGCGACCGGACGGGCCGGAAGGCCUGCACUGACCCGACCCUGCUGAAGAGUUGGCGCAAUCCGGACCUGGCGCGAGGGUGGUGGAGGAUCGGCGCAGGGACCACCGCGCCACUGAGCUCGGCGCUCCGCCCCGCGGAGGGACUCAAUAAAACACUCGGGCG